AUGCCCUCUCGCCUCAGGAAUGCGUUGAACAUUGGGGUCACCACCCUUUUUGCAGCGGUGGUCCUUUUCACCGUCCUGCUGGCCUAUGUCACAGGCUACCAGUUCAUCCAUACUGAGCAGCACCACCUGUCCUUUGGCCUCUAUGGUGCCUUCCUCUCCCUCCACCUUCUCCUCCAGAGCCUUUUUGCCUACCUGGAACAUCGGCGGAUGAAGGCGCCCAUCUGUCCUCAGCACCUGCGUCGCUCCGUGGCCCUCUGCGUCGCCGCCUACCAGGAGGACCCGGACUACUUGAGGAAGUGUCUCCGCAGCAUCAGGCGGAUUUCUUACCCCGGACUCAAAGUGGUGCUGGUGGUCGAUGGGAACCGACUGGAGGACCGUUACAUGAUGGACAUUUUCCAGGAGGUGAUGGGCGGGGCCGAUCAGGCCGGCUGCAUGGUGUGGAAGGGGAACUACCACAGUGACGGGAGCGGAGGGAUGAGGAGCACGGUUCACAUGGAGGAGGCGGCGCGGGUGACUCGGCUGGUCAGAGGCUGUCGCUUUUCCUGCGUCAUGCAGGAGUGGGGAGGGAAGAGGGAAGUGAUGUACACGGCCUUUAAAGCCCUGGGGGACACUGUGGAUUAUGUACAGGUGUGUGACUCAGACACCGUUCUAGAUCCAGCAUGUACCAUAGAGAUGCUGAAGAUCCUUGAGGAGGACCUACGAGUGGGAGGGGUUGGUGGAGAUGUGCAGAUCCUCAACAAGUACGACUCAUGGAUCUCCUUCCUGAGCAGCGUCCGCUACUGGAUGGCCUUCAACAUCGAGCGAGCCUGCCAGUCCUACUUUGGAUGCGUCCAGUGUAUCAGCGGUCCUCUGGGGAUGUACAGGAACUCCCUUCUCCAGAGUUUCCUGGAGGCCUGGUACCAUCAGACUUUCCUGGGCUCCAAGUGCAGCUUUGGUGAUGACCGCCACCUCACCAACCGCGUGCUGAGCUUCGGCUACAAGACAAAGUAUACGGCACGGUCGCAGUGCCAGACCGAAACGCCGACCGAGUACUUGCGCUGGCUGAACCAGCAGACGCGCUGGAGUAAGUCCUACUUCCGCGAGUGGCUCUACAACGCUCUGUGGUUCCACAAGCACAGCCUAUGGAUGACCUACGAGUCAGUGGUCACCGGAUUCUUCCCUUUCUUCCUGGUAGCCACGGUCAUCCAUCUUUUCUACCGUGGAAGGCUGUGGAACAUCUUGCUCUUCUUGCUGACCGUCCAGCUGGUGGGGAUGCUGAAGGCGACCUACGCCUGUUUCCUGCGCGGUAGCCUGAUCAUGAUCUUCAUGUCGCUCUACUCUCUGCUCUACAUGUCCAGCUUGCUCCCCGCUAAAAUAUUCGCCUUGCUCACCAUCAACAAAGCCGGGUGGGGCACUUCCGGUCGCAGGAAGAUCGUUGUCAACCUAAUCGGCGCCGUUCCUGUCACGGUGUGGGCGCUGGUGCUGCUCGGAGGCGUGGCGUACACCGUUUACUGUGAAGCACAGCAGCCGUUGAGCGAAUCCGAAAAGGCCUUGUUGAUAGCGGGGACGAUACUGUACGCCUGCUACUGGCUCAUUUUGCUGGUGCUCUACCUCGCAAUUGUCGCCAAACGAUGCACCAAGAGAGAGGAACAGUAUCACCUGUCGUACGUGGAGGCAUAA